UCCCAUAUGUCAGAACAAAUAGUAACACGCCCAUCAAAGUUUGCAAAAAAAAUUUGUAACCUUGCCUUUUCCGCAUUAUAAAGCCUUAUUAUUUCUUUCUUAACAGUUUUGCGACUAUAAUUUCUAAAUUGAGGAUUUAAACUACCUUGUGCAUAAUCUCUUAAAGCAAGACUUUCAGAAAACAAAUAAGGCAAAUUUUCUUCACAAAUUAAGUUAACCAUACCAGUCAAAUUUUGUGCAUCAUUGUAGGAGAAAUUACCAAAAGAUUGAGAAUUCGCAAACCUCGAUAUUUGAGUUUGCUUCCCCGUUCCGCCGCCUAAUUUUGCAUACUCACGGGGUGCUUUGCCUUAAGAUGCCUUGCGGCGGAUCCGUAUCCGCCGGAGGUUCCCAAACUAUAAUUGAAGAGAUUAAAAUCAGGUAAGUCUGCUUGCAGUUUUCCAAGUAUGUAUAAGCUUGCAUUAUUAUAUAUAUUGUGUGAUAUUCCUUUUGUUUUGAAUCCAGAAUUACUAGGCAAAGAUAACCGGAAGGAAAAUGUAAAGGAAUAUUGGAAGAAAAAAACAUGUGUGAUAUAAAACAGAGGCAAAGAGCCCUAAAAGACAAUAGCUUUUGCUUUUGAUAUCUGUUAGUACUCUAUUAUAUUUAUUUAUGUUUAUUCAAUAAAGGUUAGGGUUAAGCAAAUUUUCAUUAAUAAUAAUUAUAUUUCAUUUUCCUUUGUAUUUUCCAAGUUAAAACUAAUUGUAUACAAUAACAUUCCUUCGAGUCUAAUUUACUGUAAGCAAGAAGCUGCUUGUAUUUACUCUAAUUUUAUGUCGUAUUUUUCUUUUGAAACCAUAGUCCAGGAAUUAUGUUAUUAAUAUUCACCAAAGCUAGUUGCUAUGUUCCUCUAAAGAUUCUCUCCAUUGAGGACGGGACUGUCCUAAAAUCUUUCAACCAUCUGCUUCAUCGUAAUAAGAAGGUUGACUUCAUUGAACAGUUCAAUGAAAAACUACUUGUCAAGCAAGAAAAUGAGAAUCUUCAAAUUCUGGAUGUGAGUGAUCUUACUGUCACAACCUUAUCUCAUCCACCAAUAUAUCGACGAAUCUAAUGUUCAAUUUGAAGUUCAUUUGUGAUUUGGUCCCUUGGCUAUACACUAUUACUUAGUUUGGUCGUUCGCUUACUUUCUUCUGGAAUCAAUUUAUUUUCGACUAAUAAUAUUUUGGCAGGAUAUAAUCUCAUGUGUAUUUCUUUGUAAAUUAGAGGGGUACUGUUGUUCGUGAGGACUAAAAUGGACCCAUAUUACACAGUUGGUCAAAUUGAGUCUGAAAAUUGGGUCGUAUUUUUGUGAGCUCUGAAAAGAUAAAAAAAAAACUUCUUUCUUUAGAACCAAAUAUGUAUGAUAGACUAAAAUUUGGUUCAGUUAUGCCAUUGAGGAGGCCUGAAAUUGGUCUAAAUUCAGUUAAGCGACAUAGUUACUCUUUAUUUAUUAUCAUAAGUAUGUUUCGGAACUUAAUUGGGUCCAAUUUACUUAGGUGAGGCCCAAACUGGUUCCUAAACCCAGUCUAUGUUUUCAGGACAAACAAAAAUACCCUUCUUGUUUACGGCGAAAUAUAUAUGAGGACUAAAUUGGGUUCAAAAUUCGAGUUGAGAACCAAUUUAGUCCAAUAAAUAGUUGAUGACCAAAUCCAGUGAUAGUGUGUAGUCAAAGGACCAAGUCAAGCAUUAACUUAAAUUAUAUAUUAUCUUUAGGUUCGCAAUUCUGAGUUGACAAAGGUCAGUAGGACCGAGUUCAUGACGCCAUCGGCUUUCAUAUUUCUUUAUGAGAACCAGCUAUUCUUGACAUUCAGAAACAGGACGGUUGCCGUUUGGAACUUCCGUGGGGAGUUGGUAACAUCAUUCGAGGAUCACCUUUUAUGGCAUCCCGAUUGUAAUACUAACAACAUUUACAUCACUAGUGACCACGAUCUAAUCAUAUCAUACUGCAAAGCUGAUUCUGAUGACCCUCUAUCUGAAGGAACUGCUGGUUCCAUCAACAUCAGUAAUAUUUUGACAGGAAAAUGCCUUUCUAAAGUCAAAGCGACCAAUGCUAUUACUCGUAGCAGUUGCAAUUGUAGCACCGGUUGUGGGGCCAGAAGCUGCAAGUCCAAACGUGUCCAAACAUCUAGAAUUAGGAGCAGUGUAUCAGAAGCUCUAGAUGACAU